UGUCGGUGUCGCUGCCGCCGCUGCCCCCGUCGCCCGUGCUUGUCGCCCUCUCCGCACGCAGCCGGCGCAAUGGCAGGGACCGGGCUAGGCUCGGCGGGGCUGGACCUGGAGAAGCUGCGCAUGGCGGGCGCCGGCCUGGCUCUGGCUGUCCUUACCAGCGGCGGCGACGCACAAGGUAUGAAUGCUGCUGUUCGAGCUGUGACUCGCAUGGGAAUAUAUAUUGGAGCUAAAGUGUUCCUGAUCUAUGAGGGUUAUGAGGGGCUGGUGGAAGGAGGAGAGAAUAUCAAGCAGGCAACCUGGCUGAGCGUGUCCAAUAUCAUUCAGUUGGGUGGCACCAUCAUUGGCAGUGCCCGCUGCAAAGCUUUCACUACACGGGAGGGCCGCCUCCAGGCUGCCUACAACCUGGUCCAGCAUGGUAUCACCAACCUGUGUGUCAUUGGAGGAGAUGGCAGCCUGACUGGCGCAAAUAUCUUCCGCACAGAAUGGGGUGGCCUUUUAGAGGAACUGGUCAAGGAAGAGAAGAUCACGGAAGAGGUUGCUCAGACCUACUGUCAUUUAAACAUUGUGGGCCUGGUGGGCUCCAUUGACAAUGAUUUCUGUGGCACAGACAUGACAAUUGGCACAGACUCUGCCCUGCAUCGUAUCAUGGAGGUGAUUGAUGCGAUCACCACGACCGCUCAGAGCCACCAGAGAACUUUUGUGCUGGAGGUGAUGGGCAGACACUGUGGGUACCUUGCAUUGGUUUCAGCUUUAGCUUCUGGAGCUGACUGGCUUUUCAUCCCAGAGUCACCCCCUGAAGAUGGCUGGGAGGAUUUUAUGUGCGAGAGGCUUGGGGAGGCACGGAGCAGAGGAUCCCGACUGAAUAUCAUCAUCAUUGCUGAAGGUGCCAUUGACAAGAAUGGAAUGCCCAUCACCUCUAACUAUGUAAAGGAUCUGGUUGUCAAACGUCUUGGCUUUGACACACGCGUAACUGUGCUUGGCCAUGUGCAACGUGGUGGGACCCCCUCAGCAUUUGACCGUGUCCUGAGCAGCAAAAUGGGCAUGGAAGCUGUGAUGGCAUUAUUGGAAGCCACACCAGAUACACCAGCCUGUGUGGUGAGUCUGUCUGGGAACCAGUCAGUGCGCCUGCCCCUAAUGGAAUGCGUACAAGUGACCAAAGAUGUCCAGAAAGCAAUGGAUGAGAAAAGAUUUGAUGAAGCCAUCCAGCUCAGAGGGAGGAGCUUUGAAAAUAACUGGAAUAUUUACAAGCUGCUUGCACACCAGAAGCCAGCACAAGAGAAGAGCAAUUUCAGCAUUGCCAUUCUAAAUGUGGGAGCACCAGCAGCAGGAAUGAAUGCAGCAGUCCGGUCCGCUGUACGAGUUGGGAUUUGCCAGGGACACACCAUGUAUGUGGUGAACGAUGGCUUUGAAGGCUUGAGCAAAGGACAGAUCCGAGAGGUAGGCUGGCAUGAUGUUGCAGGCUGGUUGGGCCGUGGAGGAUCCAUGUUGGGAACCAAACGAACCCUCCCGAAGACAUGCAUGGAGAAGAUUGUGGAAAAUGUCCGGAAAUUUAACAUCCAGUCACUGCUGGUCAUUGGAGGAUUUGAGGCAUAUGAGGGAGUGUUACAGUUGGUGGAAGCACGUGGGCAGUAUGAUGAGCUUUGCAUCAUCAUGGGUGUGAUCCCAGCUACCAUUAGUAACAAUGUACCUGGCACUGACUUCAGCCUUGGAUCCGAUACAGCUGUCAAUGCUGCCAUGGAGAGCUGUGAUCGCAUCAAGCAGUCAGCUUCAGGCACAAAACGCCGCGUCUUCAUUGUGGAGACCAUGGGGGGCUACUGUGGGUACUUGUCAACAGUGACCGGCAUUGCAGUGGGAGCUGAUGCUGCCUAUGUCUACGAAGAGCCUUUCACUAUUCAUGACUUAAAGGCUAAUGUUGAACAUUUGACGGAUAAAAUGAAAACAGACAUUCAGAGAGGGCUAGUACUGCGCAAUGAGAAGUGCCAUGAACACUAUACCACUGAGUUCCUCUACAACCUCUAUUCCUCCGAGGGAAAAGGAAUAUUUGACUGCAGGAUCAAUGUCCUAGGCCACCUUCAGCAGGGUGGUGCUCCAACCCCCUUUGACCGCAACUAUGGCACCAAGCUGGGUGUGAAAGCUGUACUCUGGAUGUCAGAGAAGCUGAAGGAAGCUUACCGCAAGGGCCGUGUAUUUGCCAAUUCUGUAGAUACUGCCUGUGUAAUAGGCCUGAGGAGGAAAGCAGUGUCCUUCAGCCCUGUGACUGAGCUCAAGAAAGUCACAGACUUUGAGCACAGGCUCCCCAAGGAACAAUGGUGGCUGAACCUGCGCCUUAUGCUGAAGAUGUUGGCCCACUACCAGAUCAGCCUGACUGAAUAUGUGUCUGGGAAAAUGGAGCAUGUCACCCGGCGCACACUGAGCAUUGAGAAGGGAUUCUAGUGAACCUUUCCCUUCUGCUCACCCCUCUGUAGUUCCCUCCCCCUCUGGCCUUCUCAUGCCGUUUGGGUGCCACUGUGAGCCUGCAGAAAUGUGGUUGGAGGGCAGCCUGACCAAUGCUUCAAAAUCACUCCAUGUCCACAGCAGGGCCUGCACUCCCCUCUGCCAAGUAGGGAGGAGAGGGAAUCCUCCUGCCUGCAGCUCCCUCUCUGGACCGAGUCACUCCAUGUAGCAGAGAGGGAAUGCAGGUUUAUGAAAACACACAGCUGCUUGGCAGGCAGGGUCUGUUCCUACUCCACAGGCCACUCUUUCAUUCCUACACUACAUUUAAAGAAUUGUGUAUGGAUUGUCAGAUGGCUAGCAGUUUGGUUUUAGAUUCUUUCUGGCCUGGUGCCAUGGAGAAUGCAAGAAAAGCAAGACCUUUCCUUACUUUCCAGCCAUUGGGAAUGUGGGGUCCCCAAGCAUCUCCCAAGUUUGUGAGUGCUGCAAGACAAUUGAUGGGCCAGAGAAUUAGUUGUCAUCAGUAAAGCACCCAGCAAAAAUUCUGUCUGGCAGAGUAUUUUGCCUGCAACAUAGCAACGCAGCUCUUCUCCAUGCUCUGCCUUCCCUCCCUCACCGGGAAUACAUGCCAACCAAGAGAAGGCAGUAUGUCUGCAUGCUGGUUUGGGGUUACCAGAUUCCUGUGGCGUGGCAUGGAGAACUCUUCCCCACGCUCUCUGGCUGUGUCCAGUUCAUUGUCCCUGGCUAGAGCUGUCAAGGUAGCACCAGCUCUUUGGCCAUGCUAUGUCUAUGCACUUCUGUGAACUCAGCGUCUUGUGCUGCCUGUAUUUGUCUGUGGUACGGCUUUGUGUCCUCUAGAGAUAUUAAAAAAAUUCAAAGAGUAAAA